CUGGCCUUGCAUACGCAAACCACAACUCUCAGCCUCUCAGGCUACACAUUCGCUUCUGUGCUGCAUUUGUGUUCUGCGUUGGCAUAUAAUAACGGUGCCUCGUUUCCAAGUAACUGCUCUUAUCCUCUUCCGCAUUUCCGAGACACCGAACGACCCCCUGGACUUGUACAAAGCUUGUUCGCAGCCGCCCUCGUUGCCUGCCCCAGCUUAAGCAAGGCCAAACCCUUCGUCUACCCCACAGCUCAUUGUUGUACAUAACCGACCUCGCCUACACCACGCCCGUUGGCACAGCGCAUUACCCCUACUACAGAGCGCAUCUAGUUGUGCAACCUGGCGACUUCCUAAUACCACUACCAGCGCUUGCCUAUCAUGGCGGCCAACGACUACUACGGCAACUCCCACCCGGGGCAGUCGAACGACAGGAACGAUGCGCCUCUGCCUCCAGUACCCGGCAACCACACACAACACUCCGUCUCGCCCGUCAGCUCGCCCUUUGACGACCGACCCUAUCCCACACACACAGCCAGCAGCGGUGCGCUCGGCGGCUACCCCAUCGAUACAUCGUAUUCAAAUACCUCAUACCAACCUCCGACACAGUAUAGCUCGACCGCACAUAUCAACGACCCGUACGCGCGGCAGCCAGACCCCUUCGCCGACCAAAACGCGAUACCGCUUCAGACACAGCCGAAGAUGGAUGGCAGCAGUCCGACACGGUAUAAUGGCGACCCAGAGUACUACGGCAUGGGCGUGGAACCCAAGAGGAGAAAGAGUAAAAAGAAGAAAGGCUGGUUCAGUGGCAGAGUGACGUGGGUAGUCUAUCUUCUUACGGCGGUGCAAGUUGGCGUGUUUGUUGGGGAGUUGAUCAAGAAUGGCAUCUUGACAGGCAGCCCCAUCCAAACCAAGCCAAACUUCAACAUCAUGAUCGGUCCUUCGCCCUACGUUUUGAUCAACAUGGGCGCGCGCUUCACACCCUGCAUGCACAACAUCAAGAAAGUUAUCGAAGCCGAUGGUGGGCCCGUCCUUCAAUGGCCAUGCCCGAAUACCACCACCCUUACCGAUAACAAGUGCACGCUGGCUGAACUCUGCGGCAUGGGCGGUGGUGUCCCCAACCAAGAGGGUAUCACAGACUUCAAGGAUAGAAGCCACGAGCCGAACCAAUGGUGGCGCUUCAUUACUCCUAUAUUUCUGCACGCAGGAAUUAUUCACAUCGGCUUCAACAUGCUUCUACAGUGGACACUAGGUCGAGACAUGGAAAAGGAAAUUGGUCCCCUCCGGUUCGCACUCGUAUAUUUCUCCGCCGGUAUCUUCGGUUUUGUGCUCGGUGGCAACUACGCACCCGAUGGUAUCACUUCUGUUGGUGCUUCCGGAUCCCUCUUCGGUGUCUUAGCUCUCACCAUGCUCGAUCUCUUAUACAACUGGUCCACCCGCCGCAGUCCGGUCAAAGACCUACUCUUCCUCCUCCUCGAUAUGGCCAUCGCGUUCGUCAUCGGUCUACUCCCCGGUCUAGACAACUUCUCCCAUAUCGGAGGCUUCCUCAUGGGAAUCGUUCUGGGUAUUUGCAUCAUCCAUUCACCCGAGUCGCUGCGCGCAAGAACAGGCCAAAGCGAACCGCCGUAUGCAACAGUGGAUACUCAGCCCCUCGCCCACGAGCCGGUUGCUACAGAAUCCAAAAGCAAGAUUACCGCUUUCGCCAAACAACCAGUUGGCUUCUUCAAAGGUCGCAAGCCACUCUGGUGGGCGUGGUGGCUUGUACGUGCUGGCGGUCUGGUAGCAGUCUUUAUAGGCUUUAUCCUGCUGCUGAGAAACUUUUACGAAUGGAGGAAUACUUGUAGUUGGUGCAAGCAUUUGUCUUGCUUGCCCAUCACUACAAAGGGUGUGUCGUGGUGUGAUAUGGGUAGUCUGAACCUUACAACGACCGAGACUCCUAGCAAGAGGAGUUUAAAUCCGGCAAGCCUGGCUCACUUUAUGGGCGAGGCGACUGUUGGACGGAUACUGUAGAGGGGAGAGCAUCGAUAGAUGAAGUGAAUGAGUUGGUUCUUGAGCACAAAGAUUUCAUCAACGGUCUGGCAUACAUGGGACGC